GGGUGCGCGUGCGCCCUGGGCCCGGGCCCCCGAGUAGCCAGAAUCCUGGAGGCCCCCGCUUCCAGGAGUCAUGUCCCUGCACCCCGGUCCCCGGGAGACAUAAUCCCUGCGCCCCGGCCGGGCCCCUAGGAACCGCGUCCACAAGUCCCGCGGGCCGGCGUGGCAGGCGCCGGGCUCACUCCGGGAGGGGGCGGGCGCCGCGAGCCCCUUCCCGCAGGGGCGCCUGUGCCGCUGUCCGGCGGCCGAGGAGCCCGGGGGCCGCGGGGGACAGGAGCGCAGCGGACAGAGAGGCCUGGGCGCCGCCGGUCCGUGUUGCUGUUUACGCUGCGGGCGCGCAGUGCCCCCUGCCCGCCCUCCCGCUGCUCCCCCGCCCGCUCCAACAUGCCCUCAGUGCGCCUGCCGCCGCGCCCCGGGCGCUAGACCGCGCGGCCGCCAUGGGGAAUGGGAUGAACAAGAUCCUGCCUGGCCUGUAUAUCGGCAGCUUCAAAGAUGCCAGAGAUGCAGAGCAGUUGAGCAAGAACCAGGUGACACACAUUCUGUCUGUGCACGACAGCGCCAGGCCAGCACUGGAGGGGGUUAAAUACCUGUGCAUUCCAGCAGCGGAUUCACCAUCUCAAAACCUGACAAGACAUUUCAAAGAAAGUAUUCAAUUCAUCCACGAGUGCCGCCUGCGAGGUGAGGGCUGCCUUGUUCACUGCCUGGCCGGCGUCUCCAGGAGUGUGACUCUGGUGGUCGCAUACAUCAUGACGGUCACCGACUUCGGCUGGGAAGAUGCCCUGCGCACUGUGCGUGCGGGGAGGUCCUGUGCAAACCCCAACCUGGGCUUCCAGAGGCAGCUGCAGGAGUUUGAGGAACACCAGGUCUGUCAGUUCCGCCAGUGGCUGAAGGAGGAGUACGGAGAGAGCCCUUUGCGGGAUGCAGAAGAAGCCAGAGGCAUUCUGGGUAAAUACAAAGAGCAGGGGCGCGCGGAGCCCCCGCCUGGCGCCAGGCGCUGGGGUGGCCUCCCGGCCUCACCUCCUCUGGCCUACGGCAGCUGCACCACGGAGACCUAGCUGAGCCCUUGGCGCCCCUGCCCGCGGACAGGAAGGGGUGUCCCGGUGGAUCCAGGCCCCCCCCGAGACCCCAGCAGCCCCACUCCCAGCUUCUGCGCCGCAGGCUGGGGAGUGUGCACGCGCGCGCUCGUGUGUGUGUGUGUGUGUGUGUGUGUGUGUGUGUGUGUGUGUGUGAGUGUGAGUGCUGGAUGUGCGCGCUGCGGGAGCUGCCGUGAAAGCCACACCGCCGGCGUCGGCCUCACUGCCUUUCCCCGUGCGAGGUCUGCUGGAAGGCACUUGGAGGUGGCCGUGGAGGGCCCCCUGCUGCAGCCGGCCCUGCCCAGGCCAGCCCUGCCUUUCCGCGCCCUACUCGGUGGUGCCUGCCUGAACCGCCUGCCCUUGGGUCGUGUGGGGAGCACCCUAGACGCCCGCCCUCGGCCCCCGUCCAGCUUCCCCUCCUCCCAGCCCCCCGCUGCUCUCACCCUGGGGGCCUCGUCACAAGGCUUGCAUGCACCUUUGGGAUUUGGGAAGAAAGAGCAUCGUUAGGCACUGUCACGGUUUGCGCUUAAAAAUACAUUUAAAAUGCCUGAGCACUUA